AUGGAUAGUUCUUCGAAGACGGGCUUCAUGCGUGCUGUCCAGUGGGAGGGCAACGUCCGUGACAUGUCUGUCAACAUCAUCCCACGCCCUAAGCUCAUCGAACCAGAAGAUGCAGUCGUGCGUAUCACCACUUCCGCUAUCUGUGGUUCUGAUCUUCAUAUAUACCAUGGUCUUUUCGGCACCGAAGAAAAAUUUGGCGUCGGUCAUGAGGCCGUUGGCAUUGUCGAAGAAGUCGGCCCAGCCGUGGACUUCUUCAAACCCGGCGAUCGAGUUCUCAUUCUGGCCUUCGCCGAGGAUGGAAACCUACUACCCAAGCCUUCAAUGCUCGUGACGGAUCAGCCUAUUAUUGGCCUUGGCCUUGGUGGAAUGUUCCAUGGCGAUACUGGGCUACAAACUGAGUAUGCUCGUAUUCCAUGGGCUGAUUCAUCAAUGGCAAAGCUCCCCGAUAAGCUUGACGAUAAGGAAUGGCUGCCUCUCACAGAUGCCUUCCCCACUGGCUGGACCGCUCUCAACUUCUCUGGCUUUGAAGCUGGCGAUACUGUCGCUGUCUUCGGUGCUGGAGCUAUUGGACUUAUGACUGCAUACAGUGCCAUAAUUCGCGGGGCCUCUCAUGUCUAUGUGAUUGACCAUGUUGCCUCGCGUCUCGCCAAAGCCGCUUCCAUUGGUGCGCAGCCCAUCAACUUUACCCGUGGAGGCAAGGCAUCUGAUCAGAUCCUUGCUUUACGCCCUCAGGGAGUUACUCGAGCUAUUGACGCCGUGGGUGAAGUCUGCCUCAAUGAUGAUCUCAAGCCCCAGCAGGACUAUAUCCUUCGUGAAGCCGUCAAGAUCACUACCUCUGGUGGCGGUGUUGGCAUCAUUGGAGUGCACAUCACCGCAUUGGUUAGCGAAUUUGGCGGCAAAGGAAUAGUUCAUAAGCCUGACUUGAAGGCCGAGAUCAAGUUUCCGGUAGCUGAGGCCUGGAUCAAGGGAAUUCGUAUCCAAGGUGGGCUUGUGGACAUCAAAGGGAACAUCAAGGCUCUAGUAGAGCUUGUCAAAAGUGGACGGGCAAGGCCUGGUUUCAUUUUCUCAAACGAGUAUAGCUUGGAGGAGGCUCCAAUCGCUUAUAGACGAUUCGAGCAGUGGGAAGAGACGAAGGUGACAUUGAGGGGAGUUCGCAGGCCGAGUGACGAUUCUGAUGAACAUAUUCUUGAGAUACGCAAUGGCAGCAACGGAGCUCACAGCGCCAAUGGUGCAUAA